CUCAAACACUGUGCCGUCAGUCUGCCGUAACGUGGCGGCGCUGCGCUCGUGUGUGCCGCAGGAGUGGCCCGAACCGAACUGUCAUUGUUCAUGUAGUUUUCUGUGAUAAGAAUUACUGUGAAAUUAUAGUUUAGCGCACUAAAAUUAAUUAUACUCUUCACGAUGUCUGCUUCUGGUGAAUUCGGUAAUCCCUUACGUAAAUUCAAGCUCGUUUUUCUUGGAGAGCAAAGCGUGGGCAAGACUUCGCUGAUCACUAGGUUCAUGUACGACAGUUUCGACAACACAUACCAGGCAACGAUUGGUAUCGAUUUCCUCUCCAAGACAAUGUACCUGGAGGACCGUACGGUGCGGCUGCAGCUGUGGGACACAGCGGGACAGGAGCGCUUCCGUUCUCUAAUACCAUCGUACAUCCGAGACUCUACAGUUGCUGUUGUUGUCUAUGACAUUACCAAUGCAAACUCAUUCCACCAGACGUCGAAGUGGAUCGACGAUGUACGUACGGAACGCGGCUCCGACGUCAUCAUCAUGCUGGUCGGCAACAAGACGGAUCUGUCUGACAAGCGGCAGGUGUCCACUGAGGACGGGGACCGCAAGGCGCGCGAGCUCAACGUGAUGUUCAUUGAGACUAGUGCCAAGGCAGGAUAUAAUGUGAAGCAGCUGUUCCGACGAGUAGCCGCCGCCUUACCCGGCAUGGACUCGGCGGAGAACAAGCCUCCCGAAGACACUGUGGACCUGCAGACGCAGUCGCCUAUGGGCUCCGAGCAGGAAGGCAGCGAGAGCGGCUGCGUGUGCUGAGCGCCUACCCCGCACCUUCCGCGCACAUCGCUUCUCAAUCCCCCGCCAACUCCCUGUCGACAUACGCACCCCCUCCGCGAUCUCCUUCGUACAGUACAGCCAGCGUAAAUAAAGAUAUUUGUUGUUGUGUCGCUAAAGUCACUUACAGCCUACACACAGCACACUAGUAUAAACGCUUCAGAGAGUAAACCGUGCGAUGUAUGCCUUGUACGCCUUUUCGUAUCGUCUUGACAUGGUUAUUUUUAUUUUACGUUAUUUAUUAACAUGGAAGCUAAUUAAAGAAACAAUACAUUUUCAGAGAAAGAAUCGAAAUCCUAUUGUUUACGGGAUACAAGGCUGUGUGUGUCUUUAUUCGUACUUUAACAAUGAUGCUAACGGGCGUUCGUAUCGGAUAUCUGCGCAAAUCUGCGUUUAAAUAACGCGGUGUGUUCUCUCUUUGAAUGUGUGCGUAAAUUUAUUUCGCGACAGUUUAAGUUUUUUACAACAAACCUCUUUAAGAGUAGCAUAGUUGGUGUAUAAAAUAAGGUGCAUUUCCGUAAACUCUGUUUGCUAUGUCUUUGUCUUGGAUUUAAUUAGAGUUAUAUAUCUUAGUUGGAUAAUUGUAGAUUAAUAUUGGAUACUCUUUGUAUUACUACACAAAUGCAGAUCGGAAUAUAACAUUUCUCUACACUUACUUCCAUACAUGGUUGUCGUCACGGAUAGACAGACUAGAAAGAUGUUCUGCAUAGUUUUUUGUGUAAAAUCUUAGCACAAAAAUGGUUCUCUUAAUAUCUGAUCUCGAAUGUAUCACAGUAUUAAUUAGAUUUACUGCAAGUAGGAAAUUAAUUCUAAAUCUCUUCUAUUUCGAUUCUUGUUAAAUUUAGCACAAUUUUUAAUAGUGACUAUAGAAAUAUCGGACUGAACUUACAUUACUAUUUUAGUUGAAACUAAUGACCCUUGAAAUUUAUAUGUAAAUUUAUUAUUUACGACCGAAUUGUGCCUAAAUGCAAAAUAAAAUAUUUUAUGGCCGCUACACACGUCGCUAAAAUGUAUAAAUCCAGGCUUAUGCAACUCUUUACAAGAUUAUUACAAAUGCAUAACGCAAUCUACCGUAGAAUUACCGAACAAAUAAGGAAGUUAAUCUUACGUGUGUAGCAAGCAUGUGUUGUUUAAAGGUUUUGAUAAAAAUUUCAUUAUUUGGGCCUUUAAGUUCAUAUGCCAGUUUUUUUAUUGUAAGAUGUCUCUGUUCGCUUACCAGUAUUAUUGAUUUAUAUUGUUCUAAUUCAUGUGUAUGGAGCGGGUCAAGUUCUUAAGGUUCGUGGUAUGUAAAAUGAAUGCUAAUUGGUGCAAGUGUACCGAAUAAUGCACCAUUUGAAUGCGCAUUUACAUGGCGUUGUACUCUACGGGUUACAAUGUAAACGGCGUUCUUUAUUCUAAUAUUGUGGUAGAAGUUUAGGAGAAAUACUUAAGACUGGGUAAAAUAUGUAAAGGACUUCACGGGCACGGAAUAGAGGGGAGCAAGUUUGCGAGACGAUUUUAUUUUGUUUUUGAAACAUGAUUGAAUGUGAAUGUAAGUGCAACAGUGUUUGAACACACAGUU